AAAAACUUUCCGACCAACCCAACGGAGUAAAAACACAUCGCCGGCAGGUGAUUAUAUACUUUCGACGGUGGUUCCGGUAAUCGGCGCGGCUGAGAAAGUUUCAUUAUAAGCCCUAAUCCCAAUUCAAUUUGAUAUUCAGCUAGACGCUACAGGGAAUUGUGUGUCUCGACUUCUAGUCGCAAUGACUUCAUCACUUUCACCGUCAACAGAAAAUCAUUGCUCUGAUGCUGUCUUUGAUGCUGCAAAUUUAUCCAAAAACACAGAUGUUUCUUUUGGACAUGUGGAGGCCGAGGAUGAAGAGGACGAGGAAGGAGAUAUGGAUUUUAACCCUUUUCUGAAAGAAGCUCCUUCACUAGAAGCUUCUUCAAGCCUUUGCUCCGAGAUCGAAGAGUUUGACGCUGAUGUCGUGGACAGUAGAGAAAAUAAUUUGCUUGUGCCUAUUGCCGCUAACGAACCUGAUGAGUUGCAAGAUCAUCUUGUUGGAAAUGAAUCAAAUGAUGACUAUGGCGAGCAGACGGUGAUGCAAGCUGCUGAAGAGAAUGAACCAACCACUGAAGCAAAUGCUGUUGCAGAUGUUACUGUUGAAAGCUCUCAACCGCUCAUUCCUGAUAAGGAUGACGAGGAUGCGAUCUGGAAGCGCACUAGAGCUCGAUAUUCACUUGUGGGUUCCACUCUUGAUGAGCUUGAAACUUUCCUUCAAGAAACAGAUGAUGAGGAUGACCUUCAUCAUAACAUUGAUGAUGAAGAAGAAUACAGAAAGUUUCUUGCAGCUGUUUUACUAGAUGGAGAUGCAAGUUCAGGUGCAGCACAAGAAAAUGAAAAUGUUGAUGAAGAUGAAGAUAAUGAUGCCGAUUUUGAGUUAGAACUUGAAGAGGCACUCGGGAGCGACGAUGAUGAAACGUUGCCGAUACUUUCUCAAGAGCGGGAGCAUGAGCAUAUUGGUAGACGCCCCAAGACUAGACAGAAAAAACGCCAGAAAACUGAUCUUCGACAGAAUAGGUUUUCAGGACAGCAUAAUAGACCACUACGCCCUAUCUUACCUUAUGUACCCAUCGUUCCUUUAUCACCUUCAAAUGUAAGAAGCUAUAUGGUUCCGACUACUUCUUCUGCUCAUAAUGACCAUGUGAGUGCAUUCACUCCACAUCAGAUAGGGCAGUUGCAUUGUAUGAUGUAUGAGCACGUGCAGUUGCUCGUUCAGGUGUUUUCUCUCACCAUUCUGGAACCUUCUCGGCAACAUAUAUCCACACAAGUUCACAGGUUGCUUUCGGAGAUGUUACAGAGACGUGAUCAAGUAGUGGCCUCUCGGAGGGUCCCAUAUCCAGGAUUUUGUUUUCACUUGCCAUACAUUCGUUCAGCUGUAACACUUCAAAACACCUCUGAAUCUUCCACUAUAGAGGAUGGUUUAUUCUGGGUGCCUUUUGUCAGUGAUAAUGUGUUAUCCGUUAUAGAUGUAGCCCCGCUUAGUUUAGUUCGGAGCUAUACGGAUGACGUUUCUAUUGCUGUUCAAGAGCAUCACCGGAGACAGUUGGAAGUUUCUUAUGAUGCUACUGUAGACCGGGAAUGUUUGUUCCCAUUUGAAGGUUUUCAUUCUGUAGCUGAACCUACUGCUGAUAAGGCUAGUGAACAUAAGUCAAAGGCCGCUGCACUUGUUGAGAGAUCUAAGAAGCAGUCAGUUGCUUUAGUUCCAAAAGAAAUUGCAAAGUUAACGCUGAGAUUUUUUCCACUCUUUAAUCCAGCCCUAUUUCCUCAUAAGCCGCCCCCUGCUUCUGUUGCAAAUCGGGUGCUUUUCACUGACGCCGAGGAUGGGUUAUUAGCUAGAGGGUUGAUGCAAUAUAAUACCGACUGGAAAGAGAUUCAGAAGAACUUCUUACCUUGCAAAACAGAAAAUCAGAUCUUUGUGAGACAGAAAAACCGUGUAUGUUCGAGAGCACCGGAGAAUCCAAUAAAGGCAGUCCGAAGGAUGAAAACUUCUCCUCUGACUCCUCAAGAGAAAGCUCUUAUAACAGAGGGAUUAAAGGUUUUCAAACUCGAUUGGAUGUCUGUAUGGAGGUACGUGGUUCCUCACCGAGACCCGUCAUUGCUUUCUCGUCAAUGGCGUACGGCUGUCGGGGAUCAGAAGUCAUACAAAACAGACGAACAUACGAAAGCCAAAAGGCGCUUGUAUGAAUCAAAAAGAAGGAAGUCAAAAUUCGAAGGUUCAAGAUUAGAAACAGCUGAUGCUGCUCAAAAUAGGGAAGGCUGGACAGCUGAAGAGGAUGCUAAUCUAACUCCUGGCUUUCCCAGAUGUAGAACCUUGUCUGAUAAAGAGAAUCGUAGUAAUGAUAAUGUCGUUGGAGAAAAUAACAAUGGAGAUAAUGCUGUAAAUAAUGAAGAUGGAGAUUAUGUCCAUGAGGCAUUUUUGGCCGAUUCGAGGCCAGGUCUCUCGAAUUGUGGAGAAAACCAGUCUGUCGAAUUAUUUACACACAGAUUAACAAAUGACUCCAGGCUGGAUCACCCUAACAGUUCAUUUCAGAGAGUUCCUGCUAAAAUUAUUAGUUCUUCUGGACCCGAAGUAAAUGUGCAAGGUUAUCAAGCUCGUAUAUCUGAUGGUUCUCGAUUAGUGAAACUAGCUCCUGACUUGCCACCUGUCAAUCUUCCUCCUACUGUUCGUGUAAUGUCACAAUCUGCUUUUACAAAGUACCGAGAUGAAGCAUCUAACAGGGUGAGAGAAAGUUUAAGUCAACCAAGAACAGGACAACUAGAUGAGCAAAAUUCAGUAAGAUGUGAUGCAGUUGAAAAGGGUGAUUCAGAUCUCCAAAUGCAUCCUUUAUUGUUUCAGGAUGCUGAAAACGAGAGAAGUUUGCCAUAUUACCCUUUGAAUGGUAAUGUCGGUUCUUGUAGUUCGUUUGAUUUCUUUACCAGUAAUCCCCCACAAUUAAAUCUUAAUCUCUUCCAUCACUCUCAACAAGAAAAUAAUACCUUAAAUUUCUUCAACUCUCUGAAAUCAAAAGAGUUAAGUUCAUCAUUCUCUGGUGUUGACUUCCAUCCACUUCUGCAAAGAACUGAUGAUGAAAAUGGCCACUCGAGUAUUACACCUUUGAUUCCCCAGCUGCUUGAAGAUCCAACAACACCCCAUCAGAAAUCUACUUCAACACCUACCUAUGGUGUACCUCCUAGCCCUAACGAACUAGACUUGGAUAUCCGCUUAAGCACCACUGCUCGAAAAGAUAAUUGUAUAACAACUCGUGAAUCUGAACCCACCAAAACACAAUCUAGUAGUUCACACAGAGUAGUGGAGGAAAUUGAAAAUGAUCCUGAUCCGGGUGCUGGUCCAUUGGGUAUUAGAAGUGAUGAAAUCGUGAUGGAACAGGAAGAGCUAAGUGACUCAGAGGAAGAGGAAAUGGCAGAAAGUGUGGAGUUCGAGUGUGAAGAGAUGACAGAUACUGAAGGAGAAUCUGGAUCAGAUUCUGAUCAUGCUGAAAAUGUGCAAGUUGCGGAUGUGCAACAUGAUCCUUUGCCGAGGGUUGACAGUGAUCAAGAUGAACCAAGAUGCCAACAAACAUCUAAAUCAAAUUUGGCUGAUGAAAAUGAUGAGCCAAGAAGUUUGUUAGGCCUGAGUUUAACCCCCAAACCUCAAGUGACCAGAAACUCCAGAAGUUCUCAUGCCAACAGAUCUUCAAAGAAUACAACAUUGUCACAUCCUCAGUUGGAUUCUGGAAUGCAAAUCAAGAAACCCAGAAAACGGGCACAAAAACUGGAUCUCCGCUAGAAGUUUGUGUACAAACACACAAGUACUUGUUAGAAUCACUAAUGUAAAGAUUGAUAACCUGAGAUUUGAUCUCAAUUUGUAAAUAUGGAUAAUAUCAAAGGUAAAGGGUAGUUCAUAGUGUAAUUAUUCGAUCCUUAGUUUGAGCUCUAUUAUUGGAAAGUUUAAGGGCUCAUCGAGUUUGUGAGUUUUAGUGAUUGUAUGUUAUAUUUAUGGGGAUUGAAUGCAUGUGUCUAGAGGGCUAUGUGCAUCCCGAAUUGGUCUAUCUUUAGUGAGUCAUACGAAGGGUGUGUUAUUAGUUUA